GGGUGAGGCAGUGUCAAGGUAAAAUAAGUUUUGGUAGCCAACUGCUGUGAUCAUUACCAAGGUUAUUUAUUGUUGAAUAUCGUGAUAAAUGCUACUUGUUUUAAGGAUAUUUGGAUAAUACCGACGACUGAAAAACUGAUAGUGACUAUUCUCAACCUUUCAGAUCAAUACAUGACAAUAUAAAAAGACUGCUAGAGAGAGAUGUUAUCAAGACAUUAAAGAUCAACAAAAAGACUGAAAUGUGACAACAGUAUAUAGAUAACCUCCCAGAAUGGGGGCAAAUUCUUCCUACAUGGAUUCAAGUGGGUCAUCAGGAAAAUCCCCACAGUUUCCAAGAUUAGGCCAUCAGUAUACUGUUUCUGAUACUGAUAUAAGUGUGAAAGAGAAAAGGAAAAAAGCUUCAAAGUUUGCAACAUUAAGAAAGAAGUUAAUACGUUCUAGAAGACAUAGUCGUUCCUUGGAUUAUGGAAGAGUUCUUAGAGAGAUGAUAUCAUCAUGGUCUUUCAGGGAUGUCAACUGUUUAAUACAGGAAUAUGAGGCACUUGCAGCUCUAAAAGAGUUAGCUAUAGCAGCAAAUUUAGCUAGACCUCCUGCAAACUCCUUCAGACAAGAUCUGUCACAUUUGUUUGACAGCAAAUUAUGCACAGAUGUUGAUUUAGUGUACCGUGGAGCAUGUUUUCCAGCUCAUAGAGCACUGUUGUCAGCUCGUAGUCCGUACUUUAGGAACUUGUUACGCUACCAUCCUUUUGGAUCACAGGUUCCUGUCAAGUUAAAAACAGUAGGAGUUGAUGUAGCUUUGUUUGCAAUUUUAUUAAGAUAUUUGUACACAGAUUCAAUUAAUUUAGAGGAAUUACGGAAAGACCAUAGAGAAAUUUUAAGAAAAUUAGCUGACGAAUUUGGUUUACCAAAUCAACUUGAAUUUGAUUUAAGGACUUUAUUGGAAUCUGGAGAUUACUGUGAUGCUUUACUGGUUUUCUCAUGUGACAGUGAGUGCUCAGAUUCUUUAUCACAUGACCAACUACCAGAAGGUGUGUGUAAAGCUAAAAGUUUGGAAUUACCAUGUCAUAAAUGUGUUUUAGCAGCUAGAUCUCAAUUUUUUCGUAAUUUAUUAUUAAGGCGUGCUAGGUCAGGUGAGGAGUUGACAGAACGAACAUUGCAGACAACUUCAUUGAUUGUUUUAGAUGAAAGUGUAAUCCCUCGUAAAUAUGCUCGUGUGUUAUUAAAUGCUGUUUAUCAAGACAGUGUAGAUUUAUCAUUAAUAUUACGAGGAAGUGCUAGUAUGUGUAGUUUAAGUGAAGCUCAGGCUAUUGUUGCGGGUAAAGGACAGAUGACAUUAGUGGAUGAAGCAAUGGAAGUUUACCAGAUAGGGCAGUUUCUUGAUUUCCCUAUAUUGUCCCAAGGUUGUGAAGAUAUUAUUACAGAGCAUAUAUCAGUAGACAAUAUACUCAGCAUACUAAACUGGAGUUCAGAGCCACAUGGGUCUCAAUGGGUACACAGACAGGCUAUACAGUUCAUGAGAGAAGAAAUUUUGCAGAUAAUACAAUCCCCAAUAUUUUAUGAAUUAACUAAAGAACAGUUGAUAGAUGUAUUGUGUUCAGAUUUCCUGCAGGCAGGAGAGCUGGACAUUUUAUCAGCAGUGUUAAAAUGGGGUGAACAUCAUCUGGUUAAAAAGAUUGAAGAGAGAGAGCCAAAUAUACUCAGCCAUACAGCACACAGUAUCAGUAAGAAAGGAGUGAAGAAGAGAGAUUUAAAUGACAAUGAAUUGCGAGACAUUUUAUGUGAUAUAAUUUCAUUGGUCAGAAUAGAUCAUGUGAUACCUUAUAAUAAUGAAACAUUAAAUAGUGCAAUAAAAAGAGGACUUAUAAGCUCUCCACCAUUACAUAUGAUGGGAGACGAAACUUGUCAAAGUUUACCUGUUUCAACAUGGAUACGCACCAAAUGUCAUGGAACGUUUACACGACCCAGACUAUUUACUCCAUAUUUUGAAGAAUCAAAGGCGGUAUUAGAAGAACAGAUGUCACAGGAUCAGGAUCAAGACUCAGGUCGUGUACGGACUAUACAAAUGUCUUCUAUACCAGACACACUGUAUAUGGUAGAAGACAGACUACAGUCCUAUAUACCGUUCAGUUCAGGGAGUUCUACUGUUGAUAUUGUUGCUGGUACUAUUCCUGUGCCUGAUCAGACAACAAUGAAAAUGAUGAUAAAGAGAGAAAAAGAAUUCCAAGAGAGUAAAUUGACUAUAAGAGCAUUAUCUCUACCUUACUGUGACCGUCGUGUUGUGAAUUAUCAAAUACAGUUACGUAUAGUGAGAGAAUUUGGACUCCCCGAUAGUACUAUUGAAAUAUUACAAAAUAGUCAUUUUUACCAUUCAAACAAUGUAAGAAAUCAUCAUCAUCCUCAGCCACCAACACCUGUUAGAACUAAUCCAUUGUUGCCGAUAAAAAGGAGACAAAGCCCACCACUGAGCAGAAGGAGUAGACAUGGUAGUCCUACAAAACCUAUACAGAUGGUAUCACCUACAAGGUCCCUUAAACAGCCUGAUAUUAACCCAUGUCAUGAAAGUGUCUUAAGUGAAACCAUGCCUGAUAUUGCUAUGGCAACAGCAUCUGUUAGUCAGGUUCACCUUCAGGAUGAAUUUGAAUUGGACAUUGGUGAUGGAACUAGUCAUCCAGGAACCAUGUACAUCUGACCUAUCUGUGUUCAUUAUAUUUUUAUUCCUUCUGUCAUGAUACAAAACCAGGUUAAUAUAGACUGCUGUGCUUUUUAAAUCUUAGGGUUGAACAUAUACAAAUUGAUUCUUUUUUAAAUGAAUUGUAUUUUACAUAAUACAGUACAGUUCUAAAAUUUGGAUACAGUAGCCCCUAUUUCUGAAGGAAAUUAUCAGCUCCUGACAAGGGGAAUGAGGGUUUGCAUUAUAAACUUCUCUUCAGUAAUAUUAUAAUGUCAUAUUAAGCAGAGUAUUUGCACACAAAAGGGGCAUUACAAGAGGGGACUACUGUUUCUUAAUUUCUAAACUGGAAAAGUAAAAUAGCUGUUUCAGGAAUCUCAGGUUUAGCUGAAUGUACUAAAAUUAUUGUAAGAAUCCUCAAAAAACAUAUUUAUUAACAGUUAGUAAAAUAUUUGUAUCAUUUAACGAUACAAAGUAUAUUUAUGUUAGAGAUAUUUUUUUUUCUUGUAUGGUGAGUAUUUUUGGUGUUUAUCUUAUAUUAAGAGUACGAUCAAAAAUAUUGCAGUGUUCUCUUCAGAUUUUGGAUAGCAUUGUAGUGAAACUUCCUACUGCUUGUUAUCACCCUGACAUGUUUGUGCUGUGUUGUAUAGAUGAAUUUUGAAAUCAAAUUGAUAAAGUACAGUAUCAUAGCUAGUUCAAAAUAGAGAGGAAGAGGUGAGGUCCCCUCUUCCCUUUUGUUCUCCCCUCUGCCCUAUUCAUUUUUUGUUUUUCAAAGGAAAAUAAAUACUUUUCAAUGCAAGGGAAUCGUUUAAACUGGAAAAAGUGUUUUAUAACACACAAAUAAUUAUGAAUCCAUUAAAAAACUUUUUCAAUUAUUUCUCUUUUUUUUCUACAAACAUGAUAAAGGCAUUCCUUUUCAAACAAGAAUCUGUUCAAAAAAUGCACUUCAUCUGAAAAUGUGGCCCUCAGCCUUUAAAUUCUAGUUAGAACAUUGAAGUCUAACAUAAUUUUGUUCCAUACCAGUGGUAUAAUUACAUGCAUAACAGGUGCAGACCCAGGAUUUUUAGAAAGGGGGUCCCAUUAGAAAGAAAAAGUUAAAGAGUGGGACUUGUAAAAAGUCUAUACAUUAACUAUAUACAAAGCUCAAUAAGGGUGGGCUGGGCCACAUUAUUCUAAGGAAUUAUAUUUAUCUUUUUCUGUAAAACUUAAUAGUAGAGUCUGCAUUCACUUCUGAUAGAACUCAGAUAGUACACUUUUUUAUCAAGGCAUAUCAUUGAUCUUUUCAUUCAACCUAAAAUUCAACCAUUAUAAGUAAAGUAGGCAAGCCAUUUCAGUGUAUGCACGUUGUGUUGUACCUAAUGCAAAUUAUUUAUUAAUGUUAUGACUGGGUAAUAUAAAUUACAGGGAAAUAUCUUAACUGAAUCUCUAAUGCUGUAGAUGAACAAAAGACCACUGAGGUCAUCUGGAAAGUACUGUAGUACCACAUUGCUUUAAAGGGCUGAUGAGAACACUGUAAUUUUGGUAUGAAUGUUGUUAAAGAAAAUUGAACCUAUAUCAGGCUUUAAGUCUUAUUCAAUGACAGUUAUCACAUUAUUUGAUACACCCUAAUCAUAUACUGAAAUGUACAAUCUAUUGGAAGAUUUAUUGAUUAUUUAUGUAAAAUACCAGUUCAGCCAAGGGAGGUAAAUAUACCAUUACACAUAGUAUUUGCCAAUGUUGAAGCAUCAUUUAAGAAGUUGUCCAUUAACUUACAUUUUAAGGUUUUCUAUCUCAUUUUAACUUACAUUACUUGGCAUUCUUGUGAUAACAAAUAUGACAAUCAGUUUUGAAGUACAUUUGUUCAGUAAUUACUGUGUAAAUUGUUAGAUAUGUUAAGUGAUUCUUAUGUAUCUUUACAUAUAUGUGCAGUCACACUUAAUGAAUUUUAUAUGUGUAGUCAAAUCUUAUAGAUUGAUGUUGGCAAUACUGUACAUGAAAUCAAUAAGUUUUCACUCUUUGGUUUUGAAAAAAGGAUACCAGUGAUUUUAUUCCCUGCAAGUUUGAUUUUCCUGUCGGUCAAUUUAUCUCUUUACAUUAUGUUUGUAAUUAAUAUGAGGACGAAGCUACAUGAUUCAUAAUGUUAUCUGGACUUAACUUGGGUAUAGAGGCUUAGCUUUUACAUUAACAUUACUGAUACUUUAGAAAGAAAGAUUAUCACAAAAUGUCUGCUUCUUCUAAUCCUUUUUACAAAACAGGAAUUUGGAGUUGUGAACUUGCUAGUUAUCUGUUCCUCCACAAGGUUAUAUUGAUUAGUUAACUGUAGUUGAUUUCUUUUAUACAUUAGUCACAUUAAACCAUUGAUUUCUUUAACUAUUAUAUUAAUUGAACAAAUAAGUUCCCUAUUUCUGCUGUUCACACAGGUAUAGUAACUAUAAAAAUUGGCGACCUGAUCUCAAUGAAAUGACCAAGAUUAUUUCUGUAAAGAAAUAGGACAUUGGUCUUUCAGUAAAGGUCAUGUCUUGCAAAUAUGACUGUUUCUGUACCCUUGGUAUAGUUAGAAAGCAUUUUAAUUUGUCUAAUAAAAUUAGACUUCAAUUACUUAGUAAGUUAUUAUAUUUUUGCACAUUUAAAACAGCAAGAACAAUAAUUAAAAAUGUCAGAAACCAUUUUCUAAUUUGCUCAAUGUGACAUGACUGGAAUGAUGUAUUAGGUAUAUGUAUUAUGGUUUGUUGUUUUUCUACUUAACUAAUCAAACUUAUUGUUAAAUUUUGUACAUAAUUAUUUUAGUUUAUAUAUUACAUGUCAUAUUACUAAUAGUGCUGAUAGAUUUAUUUUAUGUAGAUCUUUUAUGUCUAAAAUACCAAUAUGUAGAGAAUAUUCAUUCGAAAACAUGUUUCUUUUAAGAAACAAUGCAUAUUUGGAAGCAUUAAAAAAAUGUGCUAAUUGGUCUGCCAAAACCAAAUCAACUUAAAACAAGAUAUGCUUAUGUCACAAACUUGUUAAAACAGGUAUUGAUAGAAAUUCCCUUUUAAAAUCUGUUUCAGACAGCAGUGAUCUCCCCAGGCCGUUUUAGCGUCGUGGCCCCGCGAUGCUAUAAUUUUUUACCGUGACGCUAUAAUAAUUUCCGCGACGCUAUAAUUAUUUUGAGGACGCUAUUAUUUCUUGUCUGCUCUUAAAUUGCCGCAAUAUCGAUGUCCUAAAUUUCGAACUUUCAUCGAAUUGCCGCUUGUGAUCAUAAAAAUUAUAUCACCUUUAAUUGUAAUCCCUUCAAAUCGGACAUAAGAGGCAAUUAAAUUGAUUAAAUAGGUGUUAAUUGUCCUUUGGGUGAUAACUGUUUGGAUACGAAUACCCCAAGCUGACACUUAUGACAUGACUGAUAACACGUGGACCAAUUGCAAAAUUUUGACAUUGAGAAAAUCAUAAACAAUUCGAAAUCUACGUUUGAAUCAAGGCAAAUUCGUCUCCUAAGAGAAGAAAAAAAAAAACGAGCGAACUUAACAGGCUGGUCGUUUGUUAUUUCAAACUAACAACUUGUAAAGAAGUGUUUUCUUUCCAUUCCGGUACUCAUGGUACUCGAGAGCGUACAUAAAACAUUUCGAUUCUGGGCAAAAUAAGUUCUAUACUUCAUUAGAACGUGAUGAAAAUUGCCUUUAGGUAAUGUUUCAUCUAUUUAUUACAGUAAAAUCGUGAUAUAUUCAUCCAAUUCGCUUCCCAAACAUUGUUUAUUUUCGUAAAUUUUUCUUCGACCGCCAUUGAUAUAUUUGUACUAAUUACGGAUCGGAAGCGGACCAGCUAUGAUAAAAAUCCGCAUUUUUACGGUAAUAAGUUAAUAACUACAGACGCAGAAACAUCACAGCUGACAGAAUAAUAAUGAUCCCAAUAGGGAAAGCUACUCAUUCCACACGAAUAUACAGACUAUUUGUUAGAUCUCCUUGCAAAAUGUAUUUAUUUCUCUGUAAACACAUUGUUUCAAUUAAUUUACUGAUUAAAGUAGUUUAACAAUGUUAAAAACAUAUAUCUGUUUGAAACAACUGGGACUGAUACAUUGAGUCCCAGGAAAUAAUGAAUUUCAUAAACAUGAUAAACAGAAUAGUUUUUAAUUGAAAUGGUAUGACUAUAUGAUACUUUCUUUUCCUUUUUGAUAUAAAAGAAGUUCUCUUUUGUACUAGAUUUUUAGUUGGUAGUUUCUAACAAGAAAAAUAUAAUUCUGUAACUAUAAAUGAAUAUUAAAGAAAUAAACUAAAAGAACAGUUAUACUUUAAUUGUAUUCUCAGUUAUGAAUUGAAAAAAAUCAACAUAACUUAAAAGAAAGAGAGCAUCGCUGCGACGCAACAAAUGACAUUGAAAAAUAAAUAUAAAUUUUUUUUUACGCCAAAUGUGAUGCUAUCCAAAAUUCCUGGGGAGAACACUGGACAGUCAUUUUUUUUUAGGAAAAGUUAUGAGAAUAUUCUUGCGAUUCCUUUAUUUUCAAGAAAUUUCACUGCUAAGAACAACAAAAUUAAAAAACUGAAUUAUUUUCUACAUAUAAGUAUUUUGUUUUCAGACUUAGCAGCAAGCUGUGAUUAUUUUUAUGGAUAUAAAUUUUAUUUUCAUUGAAUGUAAUUAGGUGUUAAUGUAAAUGGGUUUUUACAAGGUAAAUUUUUUUUCUAUAUUUAUUGGAAAUUAUCCUAAUAUGAGCCCUUGGAUAUUACAUUGUCCCUAAAUGGACUGUAUAUCUGUUUUGGCAUUGUGAACAGAAACGUUUAUGAAAGUAACUGCACCAAAUUUGUUUAGUGAUAUUUUCAUUUUCUAGCACUGGCUUUUAGUCCCUGAGGGUAGCAUCAGCUCAUUAGUCAGUGCUUUGUAAUUGUUCUGAAUAAUACUUGAAUGAUAAAAAAGUUAGCUUUGAUCUUUUUCUUUCUCUAGAAAAUUACUGAUUCAAAGAGUUUUUCCCCUUGUUUUGGUUGUUGUUUUCUAAUUUAAAUAUGAUUACACCUUUAUGAUUCCGUUGAUAACAUCUUAUCUAAAGUUAAUUUCUGACAAAUAUGAAAAUGUAUUACGGUUGGGCUUCUGUUAGGAUGAAUGCAGUUGUUGUUUAUGCAUUUUGGUAUUGCUGGUCAAAUUGUUAUAGUUUUUUUUCUGCUUGUAGAUGGUGUUUACUAUCAUAAAAAAAUAUAUACAAAUUGUUGGGGGGUAAUUCAUAAACCUCUUGAUAAUAAAAGUGUAAGCAUUCAGGUAGUAAGGAAUUGUUUUCUAUUGAAGCAAAACAGAAUCCAUGAAUUUGAAAAAUAUGUGACUGAUUCUCUUGUACUUUUAUAUUUCAUAAAUUCUUGUUUACUGCAAAUUUGUUUAAUUAAAUGGCUUCAUGCAAUAUUUCAUAGACAUGUACUUGGGUGACAAUAAUUCAUUUUGCAAACUACAUCUCAUGUUCUUGUUUUGUUGAAAUUUUCAUUCCUUGAUUCAUGACAGAUUAUUAUGUAUUUUCAUAUUUUUUGUUGCAGUAACUGCUUUAAUCUGUUUGAAACAUAAAGAAUAAAUUAUCACUGAUA